AUGAGUGAUAAAAGUAAUCAAAGUUCAACUAGUUUGCCUAGACUAUUGUGUGAUUUUAGUGAAGAUGAAACUGAGUUUACAAUCAGUCAACACGAUGAUGAAGGUACUAUGGGAAAAUGUGUAGAAAUUAAUGACUUACCGCGACACAAGAGAAUGAGAAGUGAAAGUAAUGAAGGUGAAGGAGAGGUAGACGAAGAAGGAUUUAUAACUGUAAACAGGAGACCAAAACGAUUAAUUAGAAGCUCAUCCAAAAAUAGUGAACCACAAAUUGAGUCAAAUAUGCCUGUCACAUUGAUGGAUGAGAAAAGAAAUGAUGAAGAAAGUGAAACAGUACUGACUGAAGAGGGUGAGGAACAGAAUGGACGCACAUUACAAAAGAAAAAAAAAACUAGAAAAAAGUUAACUACGAACAGAGACCAAGAUAUAGAUUUGUUGAAUAUGGAAGGGGAUAAAUAA